AUGUUUCAGACUAUUAAUGGUGGAGGUGGUGACCGAACUGGUAAGCGAAAACUGCCAGCAGCAACUUCCAAUAGUGAAGAGAAUGACUUUGGGGAUUUGAAUGAGAACAAUGGCGACGACUGUAAUCUGUUGGAUGAUAAGGAUUAUGAUACUCUUGCCAACGCCGCAAUGCAUGUGGUCACACAAAAUAUUCUCGGUCAGCAAAAUGUGCUUCUAAUCCAGCCGUAUAUUAAAUGGGGACCGAAAAAACCUAAGACUAAACCAGAGCAUCAGUUGGCUGAAGCUGAGUCGCUCAUAAGGACAUUACCUAACUGGAAAGUUGAAAUAAGCCUUAAAGUGCCUGUUGAGAGUAUGGAGAGAAAAACAAUUUUUGGCAGUGGAAAGUUAGAGGAACUUCGCGAUUUGAUCAAGCAAAGUGGAAGCAAAGGAAAGAAAAUCACUUGUGUUUUUAUCAGCAGAUCAAUGUUGACAUAUCAUCAAAAGGCAAUUCUUGAGGAGCAUUUCAAUGUUCCUGUAAUGGAUCGCUACUCAAUUGUUGUUCAAAUUCUUCGAUUACAUGCGACGUCAAAGGAAGCUAAAUUGCAAGUUGCAUUAGCUGAAAUUCCUUACAUCAUCCUACAAAUGCGUGAUAUUGAAAUGCUUGGUGGUGCUGGACUAAAACAACCAAGAUUUUAUCUAAGCGAUCAACAAAAGAUGAUGUUGAAGCAGCGUGAAAAGAAAAUUCAACAUGAGCUUGAAGAAUUAAGACUACGAAGAAAAAUGAUAAGAAAUAAUAGAAAGCAAAAGCAAUUUCCCGUGAUAGCUGUAGUUGGUUAUACAAAUUGUGGAAAGACUUCUCUCAUAAAAGCUUUAACAGAUGAAGCUACUCUUCAGCCUAAAGAUCAACUUUUUGCAACUCUUGAUGUCACUGCGCACGCUGGUCUUUUGCCUUGUCGUUUGGAAGUUUUGUUUAUCGAUACAGUUGGUUUUAUGUCCGACAUACCAACAGGUUUGAUUGAAUGUUUUGUCUCAACACUGGAAGAUGCGCUUGAAGCUGAUUUAAUAAUUCACGUUCAAGAUGUGUCACAUGAGAACUGGCUUGAUCAAAAAAAUCAUGUUGAGACAACACUCGCGUCACUUAUUCGAGAUAAUACAAAUCAAACUGAUCAUAUAAUGGAGAAUGUUAUCAAUGUUGGAAAUAAAAUUGACUUGGUUCCACAAGAUCAACAGAAUUUUGAUAACUUACGAAUAAUCUCAGCUAAAACUUUCAUUGGAAUCAACGAUUUGUUAAAUGAAGUCGAGGAAAAACUAUUGCUUGCCACGAAACGGGUAAAAAUGACUUUCCGAGUGCCAAUGGGAGGAGAAGAGAUGCAAUGGCUUUACAAGAAUUCUGCGGUUACCAGCAGUGAAGCUGAUGGGGAAGACAGUCAAAAAAUAUUGCUUCAUGUCGUUAUUUCCAAUCCCACACUGCAACAGUUCAAGCAUCGGUUUGUGCAAAGCAAAAAGUGAAAUUUACAAACAACGCUUGCAACAAAUUGUAGUGAAGUUCUUUACCAUUAUCGUUAAUUCAAAUUAGUUCAUAAAUAAUCAAGAAGAUGAAAUAAAAUUAAGAUAAUCUUUUAUAUAAUUUUUUUUUAAAUUUCAUGAACAAAGACACCAUGUUGAAGCUUGAUGCAUGAAUAAAUUUAAAAAUUCUAAGCUAAUU